AUGGGCUCGCAGCAAGACCUCAUGGUCAAAACCAAUGAGGCCGCCCAGCAGUGGUGCCAGGAGGUGCUGCGUGGCAUGGGCAUGCGGGAGAGCGCGUCUCCUGGUCCUCACAACAGAGUUGCGCCCCUUCGCUCCUUUUCACGGGGGCGUUGGCGCGUGGACCCAGGACCCCAGCACAGUCCGAGCCCCUCAGAGCCACUCGGAAGCAAAGCAGGCGCACCGGCGCCCACCACCCCUGCGCCCAUGCUGCAUGGCAGCAUCGAUCCCAUCUCCUCCACCCCUCGGGAGCAAGCCACCUUACCCGUUGCAAGCUCCUUUACAACCCCUGUUCUGUUUCGCCAUGCCCCUUUGGACCCGACGAUGCGGCGGAAUCGCCAAGCUCAAGAAUCUCUCGCCGCAACGCCGGCCAACAUGACUCCUGGAUCGACUCCUCGGGCCACACAAGCACCGUCUCCAGAAGAUCCCACACCUCUACAUCACAGGCGUUUGUCGAGCAUCAUUCUCGAUGGCUACGGGAGCGAGCACUCCCCUGACCCCAUGCACCGACCUUUUGAGCUGCCUGCCAACUUUGAUGAGUUUAGCCCCUCACUACUAACCCCAACGGGGCCCAACCGGCGCAGCCCUGGUGCACGCCGGCCUCCACGUCUGGAGCUGGGGCCUCCCAUGCCCCUGGAAGAACAUGGUCAACCCCAAGCCAAGCAAAGCAAGCUUGAUGUUUCCCCCGGCCCUCGUUCACCCCUGCAGAACCUGCAGCCUAAAUCGGCGCCAUCAUCAUCUCCAAACCAAGAGCAGCCAGGGGAUGCCGAUGGGGCUAGCCAAGAGACCGAGACCGGCUCUCCCAUUAGCUCAGGGCCUCUUCUGCUGGAAUUCCGCAAUGCUCGCACCCAUCAAGUGAGCGCCCGAACCAAUCGAGUGGUGUCGACCGAGGCCGAUGCCGCCAAGGGCCGAGCAUUGUUGGCGGCUGCGCAGCAUGAUGCCCCGGACGCCGAGACUGCAGCAGUGCCGGACGAGCCCUCGACGCCGGCCUUUGUGGGGUUUCAGAGCGCCCGAACCAAUCGAGUGGUGUCGACCGAGGCCGAUGCCGCCAAGGGCCGAGCAUUGUUGGCGGCUGCGCAGCAUGAUGCCCCGGACGCCGAGACUGCAGCAGUGCCGGACGAGCCCUCGACACCGGCCUUUGUGGGGUUUCAGAGCGCCCGAACCAACCGAGUGGUGUCGACCGAGGCCGAUGCCGCCAAGGGCCGAGCAUUGUUGGCGGCUGCGCAGCAUGAUGCCCCGGACGCCCCGGACGCCGAGACUGCAGCAGUGCCGGACGAGCCCUUGGGGAUAAUGCCGCGCUUACCUGCUUCAUUGCAUCAACCUGUUGUCUCUUCCGCAGUUGCUUCUGCCGGCUCUGAUCAAUAUGCUCAACAUGCCCACCUGCUUCCGGCCUUACACGACAAUGACAACGAUAAAAGCAAUACAAAGCCGCACAUCGAUCUUGCUCGUGCUAAUCAUGCUGUUGCAACUACUCGGCGGACAACCGCUGGCCCACCAGAAAACGAUCCUGCGUGUCUCGGGUUCCAGAAUCUACGCAGCAACACCAUCAUUUCUUCGGCCCGACACGCCACCCAUGGGCGAGCCCUGCUGGCAGAUGCAACAACGAAGCAAAGCAACUUACGCAACGAUGGGCACCUUAACAAGCAAGCACAUGAUCACGAGGACAUUGAGCCGCCGCGCAAGGUGCCCGUGUGGGCUCCGACUGAGACCCCCAUUUCGUUUGUGCCCCCUCGCCCAAGCGACGGAAAUACCACAGCCAAGCAGCCUCGCCUGCAAUUGCUGGACCAACAUCCUCCUGCAAGCACUCGACCGAGCCCCGGUGUCAACGCUGCUAGUGCUCCCGAAACACCGAGCUUCUCCGUGCCCCGCACCCUGGCAAACCCCGCGCCCGGGUCUACCACGACGUCACCUCUCUCUUCGCCUUCGUCCUUGCGACGGCGCCCGCCCACCGUCACAUCCUUUGCAACCCCAAGAGCUAACGUGGCGGCGUCCAUUAAAACUGCUCACGGGGAAACGCCAAGCCAUGGAAUUGGGGCUGCCCUUACCCCCAAAAACCAUCACCCACGACCAGCAGCCUUUGUCACGCCGGCUCGAACGGGGCGCAAGGCCCAUACUCCAGGUCUCAUGGCGUCAAGUAAACGGCGUGCUGCCAACGCGCCUAGUACACCGGGGUUCGGAACUCGCGCCAAGCCCAAGGGUUAUCGCCCAUACAAACCACCCCGCAUUAGCGUCGGAGGUGCCGCAUCUGAAGCAGCAAACAGCCCAAGCCAUCCGCAAACCCCCCUUACCCCGCAACCAUCUUCCUCUCGAGGUCUGGAUGUAACCCCUGCCAAGUCUUCAAACUCUACCACUACCAGUGUAACCCCACUCACCCGGAAGGAAGAUGCCCAAUUUUUUGCGCUGUGCGCCUCCUGGUGGCAGCAAGCGCCUUUACGCCUGGUGCCUGCUACCAGCUCACCACGAUGGGACAAAGAAACGCUCGGUGAUACGCUUGUUGACCUUGGCUUUUCUACUUCGUCCCUACGAUACAGCCCGACUCCAUCUGCAAGUGACGGACACAUUGAUGGCAAUGGGGAUGCUACUACACCCGUGCCGCUGCGCGAAACGUUACGUCGAGCCCUCGUCGAGUUUGCGCGGGAUCCUUCAAGCACACUGAAACCUGUUUCCUCAUCCGAUCCAGCAUCAACAGAGGCAACACUGCGGCUCACAGCGCGUCAAAUCGUCGAGCUUUGGCGUCUCAUUCCAGCCCUGGCACGUUGUACGCUAACAAAGGCCGACUGGUUGCUCAAUGCGGCUUGCUUGGGGCUGUGGUCACAUGGGUCUAUUUUGGCGUGUUGGGAACCACUUACUGCAUUCGUGGGCGCCUUGGCUCACCGCGAACACUAUGCCAACGUGCGGCCAGCCUUGCGCCAGAUUUGCGAAGAAGACCGCCAUGUGGCACUCCCGUUCACAUGCACAGUCCUGGAUGUGGCUCCGAACAACGGCUACGUAUGGAUCUGCGAUGGAACCUACCCUCUGCGUGCACGACCUGACCCGGCGCUGCAGGCCUCCUGGAGCAAGUCGUAUGGUGGUGGCUGGCAAGGUUUGAUCGGGGGUGGGUUGGCCGUUAUCAAUGCUGCACUCCAGUCUCCUGGUCCCCACCCUCCGCUGGACGACGCCGAGAGCACACAGCUGACCCUCUACUGUAACUCGACACGAGGCUUGGAGGACGCCUCGGUGGAGGACUUUGUCAGUGUUGCACCUGAUUGGCAGCCGCCCGCGUUUGACUGGUCCGUCACGCCUAUCAGCGACAUUGUGCCCGAUGGUGGUGCUGUUCCUCUGGUUGAAGCCUUUGUUGAACGCGUGCUUCCCACCGUGUAUCGCGUCACGGAUGACUUGCACUCGGACUUUCUUGGUCUUGGUGCUUUGCAUCGCAUGCGCGACUUCUUUGAACGCCGUUGCCAGGAGGCCCAAGACGAGCUGGAGAAGCAAGCUUUGAAGCAAGCCGAAGCUGUCAUUCAACGCUGUAGUCUGCCUGGUACAGGCAGCACCCACAACGACGAGCAGCUUGCGGCCUUUCUCGUUGCCGAUCGCGCUGCUGAUCUUGCAUCUGUGCCGACAGCGCGGUUAGAAGCAGCACGAGCAGAACACAUGGCCCAGCUUCAGGCACGUGUUGAUCAGGCGCGACACCUGGCCGCGCAGCGCAUGCGUGCUGAACAAGGUUUUGACAUGCUCACUGACCCCGUGGCGCUGACACAAGUUCAGCUGCGCUGCCGGACCAAUGGCAGUCGCGCAUUGCUCAGUGUGUGGCGGGAUGCGCUGGGCCUUGAUGACCAAGCCAACGGGGCACUUCUUUGCCUUCGUAAUGUGGUGCCCAAGGUGCGCAACGACCAGCUCACUUUGGCCAAAGCUAAAACGACGGCGAUUCAACUGCGGGCCGAUGAGCGCGACCCAGCCCUCGGUCGAGCUCUUACGCCGGCACGAUUCUUAUUUCGAACGGCCGCCUUUGAGUACGUAGAUAUCCUGGGCAAGGUGUUAUCCAUUGACACCCCCUUGGGCUCUGGCGUCUCUGCACUUCAGCGUUUGGAGUUGGCCGAUGCCGAAGGGCAUCAGUUUGUGCUACAAUGCCACGGCUCUUUGGCGUUUCAUGGUGUGGAUAUCGAGGCUGGACCUAGGGCCUGGUGCUGGGAGCACGUUCGUGUACUGCCAGACGUCUCAGAUCGCGGGCUGCCUGUGUGUGAGUUUACGGGCUGUAGUCGGGUCAGCUCGCUACAGCAGCGCCCUUGCCGAGCUUUUCUGGGGGCCCUGGAAGCAUUCCAAGGGGCGCUCGAUAAUUUUUCUUGGCAAAUUCAACCACUACCGCCAAAGGCUGCGCCACCCAAUUCGUCGCCGCACGGCUCUCCGCUGCGCGCCGGGGUGCGCGCUCGACACCCAACUGGCUCUGCUGCCCGUGAGGCUGGCACGGCAUCGCUGUCUGCCGAGAACCGUUCAGCGGGAGGGACAGAGCUGCGAAUGGUGUUGUUACCCUUUCCACAAGCCAAUUUCAUCUUGCAGCUGCAGGGCACCUGCAUGCGCUUUGAGAAGGGCACGGAGGUGGGUCAAUCGGUGGAAGUCUUGGCUUUGGACUGGGGGCCAGUCCCGACCGAGCCACCGCCGGCCACGGCCCCCGUGACGCACGCUGUGGCCUCCUCUUCGCCUCAGGCCACCGAUGCACCUUUAGAGAGUGAAGAGGGUGCUUGCCCCAUCUGUCAAUCGGUAUUUCCACUCGGCGAGCUGGCAGAGCAUUGCGACGCUUGCGUGGACAAUGCUGGGCGGACGUUACGCUCGGGACGACGUCGGCGGACCCCAAGCUUGUCGCGGGAAGGCUCUUCUUCCUCUUCAUCUUCAUCGACCCGUGGCUCUCGUUCCCGUCGCGUUACGCCCAAUGCUACGCGGGAAACAGUACCGACUUCCUUCGAAGGACCAGCUGCAUCUGUGGAUGUGGCAGCGGAGCCAGUGACUGGACAUGCAGCACCUGCCGCAAAAAGCGCUGAGAGCGCGCAGCCCGCCAUCAUCACGAUUCGAGCCUCGUGUGCCAUUCAUGCCCUGCAUCUUCCCGAUCCCGAUGUUGCCUCGGAUGGCUUUGCUGGACGUGCCUGCCAAUUGGACGGUUCGGGUCGCAUGUCAGCUCAAUUGAGCUGGACGGAGCUGGCACUGAUUGCCCAAUAUCGGUGUGCUCAUGAUCACCGCGUGCGGCGGCAUCGUAUUGAAUUGGCCGAGUUGCUUGGCGUGCACCCAGAAACGGCGCUGCUCAAUCUACUUCGUCGUUUGUUAGACUGCCACGAUACUGAUAGCGUGCGUCUGCGUCUGCGUGUGCCAUCUGGUCGUUGGGCACUGAAUCACGUUUUUCCCGAGCGCUCCUGCAUACUGGUCUCACCGCAUUUUCUGCUGCCAAAAUUUGCUUGGGGAUAG